CGAGUCUUUUUCCAUUUAAGACUUCGACGGAGUAGAGAGGAAGAGAUAAAAGAGGAAUAUAAGAAAAAGGGGCUUCAGCUCUCUCUCUUCUUUCCAUCUCUGACUGUCGUUCUUUUUCCAUCUUGGUGCUAAAAAUCGCAGCAUCUGUAACAACCACAUCAGAUAUCCGUUGCAGGGAGAGAGAUGGUGAGGGGAAAAACGCAGAUGAGGAGGAUAGAGAACGCGACGAGCAGGCAGGUGACGUUCUCGAAAAGGAGGAAUGGUUUGUUGAAGAAGGCAUUUGAGCUGUCUGUACUGUGUGAUGCUGAGGUGGCAUUGAUCGUCUUCUCUCCGAGGGGGAAACUAUACGAAUUCGCCAGUUCAAGUUUGGAUAUGGGAAGAAAUCUCAACUCAAGACGAGCCGGAACUCAAAGCAUGCAUAAGACAAUUGAUCGCUAUGAAAGGCAUGCGAAAGACGUUAGCAUCACCAACAAAACAGUGGAACAAAAUGUACAGCAAUGGAAGUUCGAAGCCGCACACAUGGCAAAGAAGAUCGAGCACCUUGAAGUCUCUAAGCGCAAGCUUUUGGGAGAAAGUCUUGGAUCAUGUCCCAUUGAGGAACUGCAACAAAUCGAGAGCCAGUUAGAGCGAAGCCUAAGCAGCAUUAGAGCAAGAAAGACACAAUUGUUUACGGAGCAGAUUCAACAGCUAAAAGAGAAGGAGAGAUUUCUAACAGAGGAAAAUGCAAUAUUGUCGAAGAAGGCCAAUGAUUUAUCUGUGCAGCCACUGCAACAACUCUCUCCCACUCAGAAGGAGAUUGUUCCCUAUGAUGACGAAACUCAAGAUCCUGAAGUAGAAACUGAAUUGUUCAUUGGAAGGCCUGAAAGAGGAAAAACACGUUAUCCCAUGAAAGCUUGAUCUGGAAUUCGACCUCGCCGCCUAAACACAAACCAGUUCAAUAAUUUCAGAGGCUGAUUUUUAUUUUUUUUCAUUUUUCUUCUUUCUUUUUUUGUCCAAUUUGUAAUGAUGACUGUAAUAACAUAAGUAGUGUGUGCAUAAAAUAAAUGAAUACUUGACAUAACAUGAUUGUAUGCUUUGAUUUUAAUAGAUCCCUCAUCAACCACUUGUAUGACAGAUGAAGAAAAUAUCAAACUAUGAAGAU